CCUGAAAAGUAUGCAUAUAUGUUGCAGAAAAGGGUGGCUCGGUGCUUGUUAGUGAUGUGCAAAAGCAGCUGUGUUCUAUGAUGUCAUGGCCAGGCCCUGCUCGUGAAGAAAACAUUGUGGAUGAUAUUUUGCCAUGGGCACAGUAAGAAAAAGUGUAUUUCUCUUCUUUUCAGCACCCCUGGUCAGUUAGUCUAUGAUUCUAAGAUAUCUUAUUUUAUAGCUUAUGACAUAGUGAAGAUAAAUAUCAAUACUUCACCCCAGCAUGCUAGCCUUCAGCCUGCUUCCCAAUCAGCCAGCUCCCAGCAUCCUAGCCAUGUGCCUGAUUCCACCCCGGACAAUUCUCAGGAGUUCCCUCUUUGGGGUGCCCAGUUAGCCUUCAAGAUGCCCACCCUGCUCCCAGAAAACGAGGCUCCCGACGAUGUUCAGACUCCAUCACUUCUAGCUCCCUGGUCUAGUUCCUGCUAGACCUUGCUUUAGAGUCAGACAGCACCCAGAUGGCUAGUAGUGAACUAGCCAGUUCCUUGCCUGUUCCUGGGCUGGAGCCACCUUCUGGGAAGUCCUCCAGAAGACAGCGUGGCACCCUGCCUCUCUGCUGCCCAGCUCCUCGUCCUCACUGCUAUCCAGCACCCCAGGGACUCAGCUGUCCAGUUCCGCACAGACUCAGCAGUUCAGUGUCAUGCAGCAGUCAUCUUUUGUCCCUGCUGGGCCACAGCAGUCAUCUCCUGUUCCUGCUCCGGUUGGGCCUCAACCAUCUCCUGUUCCUGCUGCCGCAAUCACUAGUUUCUGAGCUGCAGCAGCCUCCUGAACCUGUGUUGCAGCAACAUCUUGAUCCUGCUAAGCCUCAGCAGUCUUCUGUUUCCCUGGAUCCACCAGCUCUCAGCUCUGCAGUCCAGCCAUGUCGCCGGCCUCCAGAGGGGUAUCGCCUUCAUUGCUGGCCUCCUAAUAUGCUCUGCACGUCUGUUCAUCCUCCUGAGUGGCUCCAUCUACAUCGCCAGUAUCCAGGACGUCAUUCGGACCUGCUCGGCCCUUCAUUCCUGCCUCCUGGUCGCCCUCCAAAACUCAAAGAGACAGACAGUGUGUUGGUGGUUAUCAUGUCUCAUGGGAAGCUGGGAGCUGUCCUCGGUGUCAACUGCAAAAAUGAGACAUCUGGUGAUGAGACACCAGAUGAGUUCCCCGUCAACAACAUUUACAAACACUUGGGCUCAGAGAAAUGUUCAGCACUGCUGAACAAACCCAAGAUCAUCAUCAUCCAGGCCUGCAGAGGAGGCCACUGAGACAAGAUUGGGUGUUGGUUAAUGAUAACUUUGUUUCGAUGCUUUACAUUAGUCUUACUAUGCUUUAUGAUGAACUAGUUGGUGAAUAGAUACAACUAUUGUGACAUACAUUGUUGAAAAGAGUUCUUGUCUGCCGUGAGGUCAGCUGAGGCCAGUGGAAAGUACAAUCAUUCAAGUAGUGUACAGUUUUUAGGUACCUGUACUUUACUUGUGUAUUUCCAUUUUUAUUACUUUUAUACCACUAAAUAUAUUGUAC